AUGUGUUUUUCCGUUUCACGUUUUAAAAAAGGGGUUAUUCAUGAUAUUCCAAGAAAUUUAAAAGAAUUAGGUUAUCAGAUAAAUGAGAAGGGACAAUUUCUUACAUUAAAAGGAGAAAUUUAUAACUUUGAAGUAAAAGAAAGAGCAUAUAAUGAAGCUUUAUAUGAUGUUAUAAUUGGAGCUGAAAAUAAUGAAUUUGUGACAUAUGAAGUUAUUGAUAGGGUUUUUGAACAUGUUGCUAAGAAAUUGGAACAGUUAGAAAAUGGAGCCACAGAAUCUAAUGAUGAAAAUGAAGAAGAUAUAGAGGAUGAGUAUUUGAAUGAGCCAAGUUUUUUCCAAAAUACAAUAAUUGAUGAUGUACAAGAUAAAAUUGAUGUUGAUUUCUGUUUAAAAUUAAUUGAUACUAUGCCACAAAGAAUAGCAGACGUUCUCAAAGCUAGUGGAGGAUACACAAAGUGUCAACAACAGCAAGUUUAUGCACGACAACAACUUCGACGAAUUAAUGAUCCGAAUCAGCAAACUCUUAUUCAAAACCCUGAUCAAGGAAUUAUUGAUGAGAAAGAUUUCGA